GCCUAACAAUGUCGCUAGUAGUGCUGAUUGUGGAAAUGUUAGGCAGAACAACAAGCUGAUCUAUCCCUUUGUAGAAUUUUUGCGUUUCAAAGUUCAUGGAUGAAUGGAUUACCGACUUUACACCGGCAAACCCAGGAAGCCAGUACCCCAUCUUCCCUCUCCCAGAAUGCCUGUGGGUGAAGUCCACAAAACAUUCAAGAUAUUCUGUGGAAACUUAGCUGGAGCAGCAACGAAAGAGGACCUCCAUUAUCUGUUUUCACAAUAUGGCCCGGUCAUCGAAGCAGUUGUCAUGGCCGGCAAAUUCUAUGGAUUUGUGCAUAUGGCCUAUGAGGAAGAUGGAUGGAAGGCAAUAUGUGAACUCCGUGGCUAUAUUCUUCAUGGGAAAGCCAUGGCCGUUGAAGCAUCCAUUAAUUCGAAGAAAGCAGCACCCCUAUACAAGCAAAAUAUCAUUGGAAAAGGCAUUAGUGCCUUAGAUGACUUUAACGAAUUCAACUCGUCAAAAGGUAAAAACUUCGAAUCACGAGAACCACGUCCACAAUCUUAUUCUCAGUCCAAGGUACCUGAAUCCCGAGAGUUGCGUCAGGAACCACCACCAAACUCAAAGCUACCUGAAACCAGAGAAUUACGUGGAGAACACUUCUCUUCGAAACUGCCCGAGCCAAGAGAAAAACUCCCCGAGCCUAGAGAAACACGAGAGGCAUUCCCGCCGUUUAAACAAGCAGUAUCUUCCUCGUCCCUCCAUGCUCCCCCUGGUUUAUUCUCUUAUCCACCUCCGUUCUCUGUUGCUGUCAGUAGUAGUCAGCCAUCGCCCAUUGGGCACACGCCGUCGUCCCUAUCCCAAGUAUCCCCUCUGUCCGAUUUUCAGAUGUUGAAAACAUUUGAUGCCGUCAAGGAUCGAGGUUCGCCAAAGUUAAAAGUGCAAUCAGUUGAUACUAAUUCCAGUCCACAAAAUACGAAUACUGAGAGAAUAGAGAAAGGAAUGUUAUGUGGCAUGUGUGGAGCCGAGUUUGACGAAUGGCAACGCAUGCCCAAGGUUCUCACGUGCGGCCAUACGUUUUGCUGUGACUGCCUCAUCUCUCUAUCUCGCGAUACAGAAAUAAAAUGCCCUGCUGGUUGUGCUUACGUAACUUUAACGAAUUCUUGUAUUUCAGGGUUAUCUACUAAUUCGAGCAUUUCUCUGCAUAAACAAGACGCUAGCUUAUCGCCGUCCCUACCAAUAAUGACGUCAGGUUACGGACAGCAAAAUGGUGCACAAAGCAGAGCUGGUAGUAGUCCGUUGCCAAUGGUAUGCUGCACAUGUCCGAAAAUCGCGGCGGAUGACAUGUGUAGUAGUCAGGGCCAUCACCUCAUCCCAGAGGAUCAGGCUCGAGAUUUAUUGAGUAGUCAACUCCAAACGACUCGUGACUUAACCCUUAAGCAAUUACGACAUGCCAUGAGCAUGAGGGCAUCCAUGAAGGAACGUUUAGAAAGAACCGUGCAUAGUGUAGAAAAGUUUGUAGAUGAACUUCGUAGAAAGGUAAGGGUAGAAGGGGAGCAGCUUGAAGAAGCAGUAUUACAGGAGCAUCUAGCUGACCUAACGAGGGCUAGCGAGGCCCUAACCGACGAAAAUUCGUUACCGCAGAUAAUUGAAUCCCUCCAAACUGUCCAUUCUUACAACUCCAUUAUUUCUUCCCAGAUUAAUCAGUGCGCUGCUAUAACGGCUAUUAAUAAUGCGACAGAGGCCAUAGUAAUAAAACUGAAACAGUCCGCGUUGGAUUCGGUGCUUUCAUCGAUAGGGUUCCGAAAUGAAGAAGCCUUUGUUAUGAACUCUUCUUUAGAGCAACACGCACUGUAUGGAAAUAAUGCAAACGUUUUACUACUAUAUAUGCUGUCUGAUCUUUUAUCGUCUCGAAUGCUGCAACUUAACUCUGUUAGUCCGAUUAGUCCGAUAAGUCCUAACCAACAAACUCCCAUUUCCGUUGCUAGCUCAUUGCAGUCCCAUAUGUCCCCAUCGAUUACGUCCACUUCGAUUUUAGAUAAUAGCCUCGGUUUAAGUCAUGGUAAAUUAGGUGGUUUAAAGAGCCAUGAAAUUAGUUCUAUAAAUUUAGAGCACAUACUGCAGACAACGGAAGCCAUUGAAGCAGGCUCUUUGCUAGGUUCCAGUGAUGGCAUUGCUGGAAUGUCUGCUGGUGCAGCUGGUGUUGGAUCCAAUUGCGUAACAUCUGCUCUAUCUUUAGGGUUGUCCAAUCUUUCUCUUCUUGCUUCGGAACCCUCAGAAAAUGGUCGAGAAGAACUCGAAUCAUUAACGGACAAGAAAGAACCCCAUCCAGUGUCAUAUGUAGAUGCUGCAAAGAAACCAGCGAAGCCAACUCCUCCUCCUCCUACUCCUCCUGAGAGUUCCACAAAGAUGCCCAUUGUAAAGCCUGUGUCGCCAAUGGUAAAAUCUGUAGGUAACACUCAAGAAUGGCAGCUUACAAACCCGACGAAGGCCAUAUGUGAUGCCGUGGGUGUGCAGCAAUUUAGAGGGCUCCGACUCCCACCUUUGCAUGGUUCAGGUUUUGUCCGACGACCAUCAUUUCAACCCCCUACAGCCUUGAUGCCGAACAACGCAGAUGACCUCAUGUCUUGUGGGAGCCAUUAUUCGCUGACUCAACUCUCCUAACUUUCAAGUGGAACCAUGAGAUCUCUGCCAUUGUAAUUGCUGGUUCAUAUUGAGUCUUCCAGCAGCAGCAGCAGUUCAACAUUAACUGGGAUAUACUCGCGUCAUAAACCACAUAUGGUUCUCAUUUGCUCUGGUAGGAAAUGAAAAACUUCUAUGAAAAGCUUGUUCGCUUUGGCUUUUCAUGAAGUUCCGACAGUAUUUCCUUCGUGCGAAUAUUGUUUUAUUGCGUUUCUAAUGCCAAAUAUAUUCAAAGAAAGCCAUCCGGAAAAGAGAUACCAUAUAGUGUUUGAUGAGUUAGUCUGGGUAACUGCAUUAAUAGGUAGCAACAGUUAAUGCAGCAGCUUUUAUAGUGAUUAGGGAUGCAAUCCUUUACCCAACGUCUUGCUAAAGAAACUUCGUAAUUAUUUUAAUAUAGCGUUCACGAAGAGUUUGAAUUCUAUGUAAGGGAUUAUCUUUGAUAUAUCAGAAUGUAUUGUAUCCUCAGUACUAUUUGAUAAUUGAUGUAAAUUUGAACUAAGACUUGAGUUUUGUUCUGUCUGGUUUCAUUACUGGAAGUGCAAUUUUUCUUUGUGUUUUGGUAUUUUGAGUACAGAAUUGUAUUUUAAAUAGUUUGUCAUCUAAUAGAAUAGUAAAUGGGGUGCAUAGAUGUACUGUAUAAUACAUAAGUUACUGUUAUUGGAAUGUAGCUUAAUUAUACAUGUCUCGUACCAAUUUUUUGUGCACAUAUCUUAGUUAUCUUGUUAUAUAUAUUUUGUGUCAUUAGUUAAGUCUUUGUUAAAGAUGGUUUUGUCUUGUGUGCUCAUAUUAGCGUGUUAACAUUUCACUUGGUAUUGAAAUACUGUACGAAGUGAAUCUUAAAUGUUUGAAAUCAUUAGUAUUCAUUAUUUAUACAGUUACAGUAUAAAGAAGAAAUUCAUACAUCUCACAGGAUUCAUAGAUUAGGACUAAUAAACUCAAAAAUGUUAUAUGAAAAAACCAUCUAGCAAUAAGGAAUUUAAUGUACAAUCAAUAUCGUAUUGUACUCUAGUAUGUAUUAUUCAGAAUAUGGCGUUGGGUAUGGUGUUUAAAAGAUUCCUAAUUGAUUGGAUAGUUCAAGGCAAUGCUGAUUUAACUAGUUAUAACUGUUGGUAGCAUGCAUAUGUCCCGGAUAUAUAAAAUAGCCAGAUCUUUCCAAAAUUGGUGUUUCCUGGGCACAACAGUAUGUGAGGAAAUAUAGUGAGAAUAUUCUCAUAUUGCUAUUCAAAUACAGUAGAACUUGAGAAAUUCAGAUUAUAUAAAUUGUAAAGAAUACGUCGAUGAGCAGCUGUGCUUCUUACUGCUGAUGUGCAGGCAUGGUGAAUGUGUAUUUCCUCUCCGCUGUUAUAUUUCGUUUAACUUUUCCCUGGGAACUCUUGCUUUACAUUCUGAUUUUGUCUAAUUGAAAAGAGUUGGUAGGAAUCUUGGAAAUUGGUAGAUGAUUGUGUUUAUCACUUGCCAGAGUUUGCAGGAUUUUGCACUAUUCUGUAAAAUGGAUGGCAGUUGGACACAACACAUGGAACUUAUUCUAUACUGUUGUUUUUCAUUUUAUUGUCGUCGUCUUACGAAGAUUUGGAAAUGGGUUUUGGUCAUGUCAGUUUGUGUUGAGGAACAUACACUUAAGUUUUCCAAGACUUCAGAGCCUACAUUUUGCUCUCUCAUUCUACACUUAGCAUUAGUUUUCAGUUGAAUAUUCUUCCCUAAUGCAUUAGUGAUUGUUUCACCCAUUUUACUUCAGUUUCUGUUGGUUUGUAUUACACUCAUGGUAAAAUACUUUUAUAUGUUAUAAAAAGAAUAAAUAAAAUUUUUGAAGUUCUCGAUCAUUCCAUUAAAAAAAUCAGUACAGUACUUGGGUGAAAACAAUACUCUAUAUACAUCUUAAAUUACAGUUUCUUCUUCACCUGUCACGUAUUACUGUUCUCUUUCUCCUCUUGAUUGCGAAGAGGCACGGUAGUUUUAAGAAUUGAGUUGUAUGGUACUGUAUUAGGUGUAUAUAUGAUACAUGAUGUUUGGAUAGCUGUUUUACCUUUGUUCGUGUAACUUCAGUCCCCUUCAAAGAAAUGAGUAAGAGUAUUUAAAUCAAGAGUUCCCUCCUUUUUUUUCACGAAAAAUACUUAUAGUCGUUUGUAUACCGUGUCAGGUAAAUCUCUCUAUGUACAAUAUUGCGAUUAAUUGUGCAGCGUAUAUAAAACAAAAAGAAAGGCUUCUUUAGGAUAGAAGUUUGCUCUCACAUUUAUCAUUUAUAUAAAAGUUCUAGACAUGAUCUCUGUAGGAAUUUGAUCUGGAGGUAGCACAAAAAGUUAUUCAUUACAUUAAAAAAAUUUUUAUAUUGAAUAUUUAGUGCUUUGAUCAUAGUUAUUGUGUAUGUUAAGUACAUGUCCUCCUCUGAAAUGCAUUAGGAUUUAUCGUUCAGUAAGAAUAAUUUUCAUGGCUAGUUCCUCAAAGGAUUUUGCAGGUUUAACAAAAAUACUUUUCAUGGCUAUUAUUUAAUGGUCUUAAAUCCUAUGAAUAAUAUCUUGCAGUUGUAUAAGAUAGGUUUAUUUUUGUGUUAAUGAUUAAUGUAUCAUAGGUUUAUUUUUGUGUUAAUGGUUAAUGUAUCAUAGUUUUUUUGGCUAGUCUUGAAUUUGACAGUAGCCCAUGGAUUGAGCAAGUUACACAGUUUAAAUUAGUGUUUCAGAAGGCUAGUAGAUUUUUUGCUCGAUAUUUAUUUUAUCUCCAUUCAUUUUUUGAGGGCAGUUAAUGUAUAAAUUAUUGAUAAUAUUUUCACAUCAAAAACAAUUCUUAAAGUUAUUAACCUGUUAGUGUAUGGGUUAUUGUUAUGUUCUCUCUGUCUAGUUUGAAAUUUAAUGCAGGAUUCAGUUUCCCCAUUUUGAAUUGAUAUUUUGCAUAAUAACGUUAUAUUUUUCUUUUAAACUUAUAUUUUUCAAUUUUCCUUUUGAUAGUAUACAGUAUUAGGAUUCUAACAUUGAAUGUUAUAUCUGAAUAUUAUUGAUAUUUUUCCAUUUAGUAACUGAUUCACACUUUGAGAAGUGCAAUUGUUCCUUGUUUACUUGCAUACAAACCUUUGUUUUACAUAAAGCUAAACUUCCAGACUUUAAGAUUGGAAAUUGCUCAUAGAGUCUUCUAUCUACCCUAUGUAAUUGUUUGUUACAUGGCAAAUGUUUAAAGAAUCAUAAUUCCCCAGCCAAGUCAUCCAAUGUGUUUGAAGUGCAUAUGUCAAUGCUAGGUUGAACCUGUGUCUGCUCAACACAACUUUGCUUUUAUCAUCUGCUGCAAUUCAAAAUCUUUAGUUAGAUUAUGGGUACUAGCUUUUUUUUCUGAAAUUGAGUUUAUCAGUGUAACUUGUGUCUGCCAAGGUGAUCAUCUUCAGGGUACAGUAUGUGCAUUUCUGUCAGUCAUGAUUUUUAUGCAUAUGUUGCUCAGGAUACCAAACAUGCAAGACAUUUGAUCAGGUAGCAGAGGCCAGCAUCUGGAUUUUUUUUUUCUGUCCUGCUCAAGACCUUAAUAUUUUUUUUAAAGCUGAUUAGUAUUUAUGUGCUGGUAAAUUUAAUCCAUGUAUUUGUUUUUUAUAAAUGAUUACUAUGAAUGAAGUCGUUAAUAUAAUUUGUCCUUAUGAGAAUUUUUUUUUUGUUUAUGUUGAUAAUCUAAUCCUUAUUUAAUAUGGCAUACCAUUAUUUUGCUCAGGACAAUUUCAUAUAGAUCAUACUGCAAAGGAAGUCAUGAAGUCCUAUGAACAUCUAAUACUCUACUACCCUCUAGUGUUUAGUAAUUGCCAUACUUCAUAUUAUAACCUUUCAUUGGAAGUGUUAAAUACUAUCCAGUCUUAGUUUAGAUAUGUGGUAAGUUUUAAGCAAACAACUUUAAUCUGCCAUGUUGUCUUUCCCAACCAUGAGUUUGGUAGUUUUUGAUUAUUUGAUAUGAGGGUUUGUAUAUUUUUUAAUAAAAAAUCAAAAUUUGUUAGGGAUUUAAGUACAUUGUAGGGGUAAUUAGACAAUUGAUAAAUUUUAUUCUUUUGGCCUCAGCUUAUGAAACCAUACCAGUUGGUAACUACUGCUGUUCCUCCAUUUGAUCUUUGUUCCUUUUAGAGAUCAUGCUUAGAAUAGAUUAUGCAUAGAUAACAGGAAUUUUUAGUAUUCUUUAAGUCUUGGCUUUAAAGAUGUUACACGAACAUAAAAUGCUGCAUUUUAGUCCAUUAUCUACAGAGAGGGAAUUACAUGAAAAAAUCCGAAGCCUUUUAUAUAGGAAAUGAGCUUGAGUCAAGCUCUCGUGUUUUAUCGUCACGACAAAUUCUAUCGGAUACUUUUGAAUACUAUAUUGCGAAUGAUAGGUUAUGCACUACCCAGUGAACUCAUACCGUAAGAGUUUAUAACACUUUAAAGUCUAGGAUGUCCUUUUGAUACAUCAGACGACAUUGCCAUAAGGUUACCAAAAUUUGUUUUAUGACUUAACACCAAAGCAUUUUUUCUGUUUAUAGUGGAAUGUCAGAGCAGAAAUGACUUAAUCACGAAAGAAAUAGUUUUCAUAUAGCAUCCACCUUUGUGCUUUGUCUCUUGCCUGGUUUAUUGAUACAGCAUCUGAAAAAAAAAAUUAAGUUUUGCACAAUUUGUGAAGUUUUCUUUUACCCUGAUGUCUGUCCUGGGUCCAUUUUAUUGAAGCGUUUCUCAUCAUAGUGAAUAGAAAACCUGGGUAUCAGUUUCAGAUUUAUUGUAUGUAUAUGUAUCUGACUGAACAUAAUUCUGUUUCUUGUGUUAUUUACAUUACAAAGUGACAUAUCAUGCCUAUAUCUCGUGUAUGAGUUUUCAGCCUAAUACAAUGGGUAUAAUUAAUAUUUGACUGAUUUUGGACCUUAAUUUUGUUGUUACUGUACUGUGUAAUGAAUUACUGAGCUGAUUUUUAAUGGAGUCUGUAAAUUAGCUAAAGGAAUUUAUUUUUUUUUAUUUUUAUUUUACAUGCAUACUAGUAUUUUUUUUUUACGUCUCCUGAUUUUCAUAUCUUUUCUAGUUUCUCAGAUUUUUACACUUCUGUUCUAUGAUACCAUGGAGUAAAAUGUUGCUUAGUGGUUGCAUUGACUUCUGCAAAUGUUAUAUCAGUUUUGUGAAGUUUACGGAUGUCUGCUUUUAAUUGAAAGGGCUGAUUAGGAUUAUAUUUUUCUUUGAACAUUUUAAACAUCGAACAGUACAGUGAAGUAAGUGGUAACCUGCCCAACUUUGGUUCUGAUGUUAUUUAUUUAUGUUUUUGCAAGCCCAGUUGAAAGGUAUAUUUUCAAGGAACUAUGAAUUUGAAGUCGACCUGUUUUUCUCAUACAGGCUCAUCUUUGUAUUCACUUUAAUUAGUUGCAUUGGUUUAUGGCACAUUUUUUCUUUUCUUUUUCAACUGUUCAGAAAUUGCAUGUGUAAAAAGAAGAAUCUGGAGGUCUGUAUCAUUAUUAUCAGUCAUUAUCGUCAUGGGAAAUUUUUUGUUUCAAAAAGAUAAGGUUUGUAUAGAUCUAAGAUUCAGCUUUUACACUUUCCAUUAAGCUCAUGAAACCAUGGGAAAAGGAGUUAUACAAAAAUCUAGACCUGACUGGGAGGAAUAGGGAAAAGCACUGGCCAGAAGUCAUUUCACAAUAUAAAAAUGUUUGUGAUAAUGAGUUUUAUCAUGUUAUGUAAUGGUAGUAUACCACUCCUAAAGUCGGGGUUGUCUUUAGAUCAAUACAGUUCUCGUGAAGUUAGGUUCAUCAUAAGAAAUGUCAAAUUUGAGCCAAGAGGUGAAAACGGUUUAUUAAGUUAGCCUAAUAAGUGUUCUGUAUAGUCUCGAUGGUUGUUUUAGGGAUAGAACCACCUAGUCCACUAACCUAUUGAGUUUAUAACAAACAUUAAGCUUUCAUGUAAGGUCAUAUUUGUUCAUCUUCUUCUACCCUUUAAAAAUUUCAUAAUAGUUGUUAGUGAUUGCAUAUAGUUUGCUGCCAGUAGUGAAUUUUCUUAAAAUUUGCGUUAAUCUUCGAGUAUAGUGUACACAAAAUUCAUAAUAUCCCUGAAGAUUUUUCGAGGUGGUCCUCUUUUCUAGCAGCAAUAGCAUAACACUGCUCCUUUUUCUUUUCCUAACAAUAGUGCGUCUGUACCAUAUCAAAAUUAACAUAAACGAAGAUUACUGGUAAAUUAACAUUUUCCAAGCUAUGCGAAAUGUCUUGAGUACAGUUCUAUCUUGGGAAAUGAAUGAGUGUGUUAGUUUCUUAAUUCUUUUGAUGUGGCCUUCAAAUUAAUGUUCUUAGGUCCAAGUGUUGCAUUGUAAUGUGUCAGAUCUCCAGAUUACUUCCCUUUAUGCAACAAGGUCAAAAUUGUCUAUAAAGAUUUUUCUCCAUGCCAUCUGUAAAUUCUUGACUGUUCUUUGGUGUACCUAGCUAAAUCCAAAUUACCGUUGAUGUCAUUUUUCAUUGAAUUACAAUAUCUUGCUAGUUAGCAUAGAUAUUGUGACAUGUAAAUAAUCGUUUAAACCAAAGAGAAAAUUACCAAUUAUUUUCCUUUUCUGUUAUAUCUCGCACGUAAACUUCAGCCUUAUUGAUGUUUUGUCGAACAGUUCUUUACAUUUAUUUUUAUUACAUGAUUUUUUUUUCCUUUUUUUUGAGAAUAGGCAUUAACAGUUUUGAUUUUGCUUAUGAUUAAUGCAUUUUUCAUUUUGGAAUAGUGCUGAAUAUGAAAUGCAUCCUGUUUGUACGCUCCACAUCAUUUUCUUGAUGGCACUUUUAUCAGUGCGCGCAUAUAUUUCUUUUUAUAGGACAGCUGGUACACUAGCUAAUAGUGUAUAUACAUUUUUUCCAUCCUCCAUCGGGGUACUCGCACACUAAAAAUUUUGUUUAGGGACAUGUUAACAGAUUGGCAUCCUCUUUCCAACACCCAAUAUUUUUUUUCUUUCUCUCGUACUGAUUUCGUUGUAGUGUAGUACUGUUUUUCAACCUGUUUUUGUAUUCUUUUUAUGGAUGUGUUCUCAUUUAUCUGUCUUUGUGACUAUAUAUCAUACUUAUGUCAUUUAUAUAAAACCAAGAGAUUAAGCAAUUAUAGCAAACCGAUAAAAUUUAUAUUUGUAUCCAUUUUAUUUUUGAGGUUUUAACUUACUGUAAAAUGACAAAUUUAGCUUGACUUAAAAAAUUGAUCAGUAACUUGUGGUUAGCAUGCCACUUAGGUAUUGCAAAUUGCAUGUUAUUUUUUAUUUUUUUUUUUUUACAUAGAUUGCAUUGGGUAAUAUAAAACUUUAGUACUGUACUGGUUGAAAAAUCACUUUUGGGCAUUAUAAAUUUGGUAAAGGCAACAAGUUCUGCCAAUUAGGAAGCCUUUAAUUAGAUCAAAGAUCAAACAGUUGCCAAGGAACCCAGUUAUUUUAAGCAAUUUGUUUUAACUUCCCAAGACAGCUUUACUUGUAUGAUUAUGGUAAUUUCAGUUACAGUAUCAACUUAUUUUUGCUGGUAGUAGCCGACAUAAAUAUGAAGAUAGUUUUGCGGUAUAUGUGAACACAAUCCAGUGUAUUGCUUUCAUUACCAAAUGUCCGUCCAUAUAAAAAUUUUUCCCAAGGCCCUCCUCAAUCUGGAUUCGACCUUUUUUUUUUUUCCCUCUAAUAUUUGGCACGCAAGAUCAGGAUAAUGAAUGCCUUUCUCUUCUAUUUUCAUUGAAGAUUAGUACUGCAGUUUAUAAGUAAAUAAUUUUCUGUUGAACGAACAUUGUAAAACUAAUUGAUAUUGCCCGAAGAUGUCCCUAGUUGUAGUCGUAGACCAAGAGCUACUUUAGUUACAUUUUGGAUGUGCCACAUAUAUUUAAAUGUAUGUAAUACUUCUAAAUUUGGCAACUGUACUAUUCGUUGUGUUACCAGUUUAGAGGUAUUGAACUGAACUGUAAGCACUGAUGAAAUGUUCCUGACAUAGCUUGUGGUCUAAGAUCCUUCUGGUCUAAGAUCCCUCUAAUUAAUAUGUUGAGAAUUUAUUUUUUAAGUAUUGUUCUGUAACUUUUAGUCAAGUUAUUUAUGCUUUUGGCAGCCAAUGGUAUGAGAGUGCAAUGCAGAUUUUAUUGACUGAAUUUAAGAGGUUCUAUUGUACUACUUUCAAAAGGUCUUAAAAUUAAGAGCAGCUUUUACGUAAAAGUCAUUUGACCAUGGAAAAAUGAUGCCAGUAAAGUAUCAUGGACCAAUUCUUCAAUUGUCUUGAAGCCUUUAGGUGUGUGCCUUGAAUUUUAUAAUAUAAUGACAUUCCAGUUAAUGCUCGACGCGUCACAGGAUUAUCUUUGUACUUUGGUGUAUUCAAAUAAAACGACAUGAGAACAGUUAAAAA